CGGGAAAAACAAAAAAUGGCGCUGGCCUAAAAACGGGUAAAAUAAAACAAUCAGAGAAAAGAAGGGAAUAUUCAGAGAAAAUAGGGGAAUAUUUUGAGAACUGGAUUUAUAAUAAUCGUGCUUGAGAAAUGUGGAACGUAGCUAGAUACGGUUCUUCGGUGGGGGAUGGCUGCUUGAUCUGCUGAGUACUUCUGUUUUAACUCCUUGUCUCAAGGGUUCUGUGCUUAGUCAAGGAUGGAGGAUGUUGAGUCACGAUUCACACAUCUCCUUCAGCCCAUUAGAGAGUUGACGAAGAACUGGGAGAUUGAUGUGGCAUCUCAGCUUGGGGAAUACCUAGAAGAGUUGGACCAGAUCUGCAUUUCCUUUGAUGAUGGGAAGACGACAAUGAACUUUGCAGAAGCUGCACUCUUGAUCCAGGGCUCGGCAUGUAUUUACAGCAGGAAGGUGGAAUAUCUGCAUUCUCUGGUGUUCCAAGCGCUGGACCUGAUCUCCAACAAAAAACGGAAUCAAAAAGUUACAUCCAUUGCUGCGGAUGGGACAGAUAAUGAUGUGUCUUUGGCCAAUGACCAGGAUUGGGAAUUUUUGUCUCUUGACGAUAUUGAGUGUCCAUCAAAAGCCAGCAUUGAUUUGCAGAUGGAUCACAGUUCAAAUGUUGUGAACAUUAUACCAUUAACACCAAUGGCACUGGUUCCACUAGAAGAAAUUGAGAAAAAGAACAACCCGCUGCUGAGCCGAAGAGGAGAGAUCCUUGGCAGCCGCAAGGAUUUCCGAAUGAAUACUUGUACCCCUCAUGCCACAGGUGCAUUCAUGUUAGAGCUGGCCACUGUGUCACCGAUGAGCUAUCUGCACAGGCAACAGCAAGGCAACACAGAGUACACUAGGAAUGGCUUGCAGAAUGUUCAGGAGGACAUGGGCAUGGAUAACAGUGACUGUCAGGCUCCAGUUCCAGUAUUGAACUUCUUGGACGAAGCGGGAAUGGAUGAUGAUGGUGGUGAUGCUGACGGCAAUUUUGUUCCACCUUCAGCAGAGGGUGAUUUCGUUCAGGAGCACAUUGCAACACAGAAGGCUGAGAAUGAAAAUCGGGGUUAUGUACUGCGUAAGCGGGAUCCAGUGGUGCCUGACGUGUUGCACACAAAGGAAGUGCUCGACCCCUGGAGGAGUCUGGAUCCUUUUGAAGCCACUCAAGACAAGCCAUUCAAGAAAGGAAUACAUUUUGUUAUACCACCACGUGUUGAUAUCACUGGAGGCAAGCGGAAACGAAAAACCUUUGUAAAACUGAAAGAUUUUGGGAAAUGGUUCUCUGAGACAUAUUAUGGUGGAUGGAGUGAGGCAAAGAGUCGGAAAAGAGGCCCAACAUUUGCAGAUAUGGAUGUUCUGUACUGGCAACAUAUGAAAGACAGACUCCGAGCACAGAGGAAACAUCAGCAAAUGAUGAUUGCUCUACGUGGGAGGGUAAUAGAGGAGUUAGAUGUAGAAGCAGGAAACAUGGAAGAAGAAUUAAAUGACUUGCAAGAGCGAGCUGAAGACCAUCUGGAUAAUGACGGACUGGAAGAUGAUUACGACAUUAAUUUGGAUCAAGAAGCUGAUGCAGCUCAGGACAACCACAGCCCCCCAAAUCUGGAACCUUUUGGAGAAAUGGGAUCAGCGUGUUAUGAGGAACUUGUCAGAAGGAAUGUGGAGCUGUUCAUCGCUAACUCCCAGCAGUAUGCCAAGGAAACAGCCCUAUCCCUUCGUGUGAGGGACUGGGAGGAGAAAAUUGGCCCAAGACUUGAAGAACAGGAUGAACGAGCUGCCUUUGACAUCCAUGAUUAUGGAAUCAGAAUUAUGGAUGCGUUUGACUGCAUCAGACAGAGGCGUUCAUUUGCAAGCAUUGUGGCUGGAAAGGAGGCAUUCGAAGUGUGCAGAUAUAUGCUGGCCACGCUGCAACUGGCCAAUGACUACACAGUGGACAUAUGGCAAAAAGAAGGGCUGUAUGAAUCAGUCGACACAAUGGAACUGACCCUUUUGAGCAAAGUAAGAGCUCACGAACGUUUCCGGACAUACAUGGCUCCAUCCAUUUCAAAUAAAUGAGAAGAUUCACAGACCUUCAUUCAACUUGCACAGUCCUCAAACUGCAAUCUUGACAUUACAUCCAUUGUUUAUGGCACACCAGGAGGGACUAUGCCCAUAUUUCCUCGCCGUAUGACAGCAAGUGUCUGGGACACUGACUAAAAGGAUGCAUGUUCCUCAUGUUUCAGUGGAAUGCACCACUUGCCCUAAGCCCUGCCAAAACAAUUCCUGGAUUGUGAUUAUUCUCUACUUAUGCUUAUAUAUUUGCUGUGUUCUGUACAGCUACUAUCCUGGGCUGUUUUGAUUAUAUAAUGUGCUUCGUGCAGUUUACUGGCUGCAUCCUGUGCAGUAUUUUUAUACAAACUCAUGAUUUUCUGAUGGAGGGAAAUAUAAUCAAAAUGAGUGCAGCUAUCAUUGUCUAUGCUUUUUGAGAUGCUUAGCAGAUUUGUGAAGGAGAAAAUCUCUUCAAUUAAGUGCUAUAUCUAACCUUGUGCCAAGUGUAACAUUUGUAAAGUUAGGGCUUGUCCAUUUAUAUUUAGGUGAGGUUUUGUGCAAUAAUUUCCUCACUCCAGCCCAUGCUGGAGAAGAAAGACUUUGAUUUCAUAUUUUAAAAAAUACAAUUGUUUUAUCAAACAUUCUUCCUCCCUAGCCUCACCUUUCUGAAUGAGAAAGUGAGAAUCCAGAAAUGUUUAUGAAUUGAAAUUCGAUUGGAUGGUAAUAAAUGAUGCUUGUAUUUUGGGGAAUAGUGUGUGCCAUCAGGAGCAGAUAAUCACAAAUCUGUACAAAGUGGGAUUUUUAAAAAUGUACAAAUCUAAAUUUUGUAAAAGUACUGCAGUAAACUUAGAACUCGA